AUGGAAAAGGAAUUUGGAUUCUUUUCAAAGGAACGGAUGCUGCCAGGGUCAAGUCUAGGAUCAGCCACGGUGUCUACAAUGGCGUCUUCCAAUGUCCUCACAGCUGCACCGUCCUUAGAUGUAGAAAUACCACCGCUACCGCUUUCCCCAUCACUUAAGCGUUCCAGAGGACGUCCUAAGAACGCAUCGCAAGCACCACAACAGCAACUUAUAAAGUCAAGAAGUCAGCUACAUCCGCGUCCGUAUCAAUCAUUGCCCGCCGAACCCGCGGUCAGGCUAGAUCAAUCGCUUGAUAGGUCGAUACCUUUGCAAUAUGUUUCCGAGUAUCAGAGUCAGGACCCCCCGGAUGCUGAGGAACGAUUCGUUGAUGACAUGAAUGACUGCUCAGGGAUUAAACCAAAAACGCUUGCCUCAUAUCAGCCCACCUAUCGUCUGUGGAAGGCAUUUUGUGAGAAAUAUCGCGAACGGUAUGCAGAUAAAGAUGGUCGUGCCCUAUAUCUGGUGGACUCACAGGAUAAAGUCGUUUGUUUUUUUCGAGAAGUCAUCCUCAAGAAGACUAUACUCAAGCGCACUAAACCAGGAGCAGAUUUCCGUACGCACCUUGCCGCUGAGGAGGAUUCUUCGGCUAUACACGGGGCUAGCCUAGUCGAAAGUAUGUCGAGCAACUGUGCCGAGCGAAACGAUGUGAGUUGGGAUCUUUCGCCAUCUCAAAUGAAGCUACUCCAAACCAUCCUUAUCCAGCAUAUAGAGAGUCUUCACACUCAUGUCGUUCGAUCGGGUGGCAGGCGUGAAGCAGGCUGUACACUUCGAGAUUCUUACACCCCCGUGCAGUUCCACAGUAUAUUGAUGGGACUUUGGACGAAGGAAAGACAUUCGCCAAACAUGCGAGCGCGUGAGUAUGAUACUAAUUAUCGGGACAUGUUCUGUCUAACUGCACGGCAUAAUAUGCUGCUUCGGGAUGAGGAUCUUCGAAACUUAAACUUUGCGGAUUGCUUCAGCACCAUCAUUACACAAAGAACUGAAGGAGGACAACAACCAAUUGGGCUCACCUUCAAAAUUAACAAGGGUAAGACCAACAAGAAUAAUGAAAACUGGUAUGCGUGUGCAUUGCGACAUGAAGAUGGCUCGGAUCACGAAAAAUCCAAGAGCCUUCAAAUUAAAGACGUCGUAAAGUCAAUUAACAGUUCUGACUUCGUCCAACUCAAGGUCAUUCCGGGCAAUAAAGAGAGGACAAAAAGUCUCGCCUCUCAAUCAACUUAUCGUACUGUGGAAGCCCUUUAUGAUCAGCACAAUGUCAACAGUCCUAGGAAAACUCAUGGGGGCCGUCAUGCUGGCACUAUCGAAGCCCAUAGGCUAGGUAUAAGUCAGGAUGAUAUUAAAGCAGGCGGGCGGUGGACCGCAAAACGAGGCCGCAUGGAAAGCUUUUAUUUGCCAUGCUUGCCUUCGAGGUUUGCUCUUGGGAUGGCAGGGUUCUAUUCUAAGUCAUUCUUCCUCCUUCGAAACUCUAUCAGGCCAUCGAAUGCCUUGCAAUUGCUAGUUUUUCCUUGGAUUGAAGAUAUCUUUGGGAAAAAUAACAAAUGGUGGAGAGAUGAAUGUUUGAAGGAAAUGGACGAAGUGGAUCCAAAUAGUCUGCCCAAUAUUCGUGCAGUGCUUGGAUCAACAGUUGCAGUUGAAGCCACACAAGUAGCUAACUCCUCAUCAAAGAAAAAUAUUUAUUCUGAAAAUGAGAUUUCCACUUGCGGGUUUCUGAGGCUGCUUGUGCGAUGCCGGCGAAUCAUACUUCAAGAUGCUGCGUUUCGAUUACACUAUAGUCACCAUAGCAGAAUUUUGGAAGAUGACAUCUUCAAGUCCCCUUUGUUCUUGGAGUUCCAGAAAGAGAUGAGCUACGUUGUAGAACAUCCUGAGCCUAAUAUUGUGCAAAAGUAUAAUGCGAUAAUUCCUGAGAUCGCAGAAGGAUUCAAGGACAUUUCGAGGCUCUCACAGAUGCACUAUCAACUCUUGCAGCAGCAGUUAAAACAACAACAACAGCAACAACAACAGCUUCAGCUCGAGCUGCGUCAGCUAAAAGAGCAAUUAAAUGGACAACAGCAACAACACCAACUUGAGCUGUGUCAACAACAGCAGCAGUACUUCAAAUAUAUACAGCUGCAGCAGAGUCGGAUGCAGAACUGGAUGAAUCAUUCUUCAUCAACUACUGCUCCUUCUUCACCACUACUUCCUCUAGCUUCGUCUUCUACUUCAAUAAUGGGGUCCAGCCUACCAGAGACAUCGUUAUCCACAUUUUCGACCCAUCAAUCUCCGCAGUUGAUGAUCCAGCCGCCAGCAAAGUCGGAAGCAUCGGCAAAGAAAAAAAGAAAAAGAGACAUAUGGAUCCCCUAUGCACCACAGAAAUUGAAAAAGUGAUUAAAUCAAAGCUGAAAUACA